UGGCAACAUUCAAUAAUAAAAAAAAUGUCUGUGAAUGACUGAUGUGUAGCCCAAGAUCGGAUAAAAUUGUUUCGCAUUGCGUUUUUAGGCAAUAAAACUUUAAUUUAAUGUCGGUGAAUACAUGCAUUAUGAUUACUUUAUUGCCCUGACCUCGAGUGAUGUUAUAAAAUUGUAUACUUUGUGAGUUAUUUCGGUAAUCAGUGACAUUAGAGUGAAGUGCCUAAUUUGAACAUGGAGGCUAUAGCAAAACACGACUUCAAUGCAACUGCUGAUGAUGAACUCAGUUUUAAGAAGAACCAAGUACUCAAAAUACUUAACAUGGAGGACGAUAUGAAUUGGUACAGAGCUGAACUAGACGGAAAAGAAGGACUUAUUCCUAGUAAUUACAUUCAAAUGAAAAGUCAUAGUUGGUAUUAUGGCAGAAUCACAAGGGCAGAUGCAGAAAAAUUGUUAGCAAAUAAACCUGAAGGUGGAUUCCUUAUAAGGAUCAGUGAAUCCAGUCCUGGGGACUUCUCAUUAUCAGUCAAAUGUCCUGACGGCGUACAACACUUCAAGGUACUCCGGGACGCGUCAAGCAAAUUCUUCCUGUGGGUGGUCAAAUUCAACUCGCUAAACGAACUCGUCGACUACCAUCGCACGGCCUCCGUUAGCCGCCUACAAGACGUGAAACUCAGAGAUGUGGUGCCAGAAGAGAUGUUGGUGCAAGCGCUGUACGACUUCACACCUCAAGAGGCCGGCGAGCUGGAGUUCAGGCGCGGUGACGUCAUCACCGUCACCGACCGCUCCGACCAGCAUUGGUGGCAGGGGGAGAUAGCGCACCGCCGCGGGCUGUUCCCGGCGUCGUACGUGACCGCGUACCACUCAUAGUGCCCGCGCGCCCCGCCCGCCGCCCGCCCCGCCCGCCCCGCCCGCUCCUGACACCCACCCUGAUCCAACUCCCCCGCGUACAAUCCGGUAACCUUAUAUUCACUUAUUAUUACAUUAUGACGAUUAACGAUUAUAUCAUAUAGCAAUAAUUUACAAAACGAACCGCAAUCGAGACGACGCCGCCGAGACAGUCUAAUUUUUAUGUGAUGUUUGACGUGUUUUAUGGUGCUUAAUGUCCUACAGCUGAUUGAUGUUAUGGUUAAGUGGCCGCGUUAGCUAGUCGCGAGUGAGACACCAAGUUUGCCAGUACAAAAAAUAUAUUCCUGCCGCAUCCCCCAAUUUUUCAUCAUGUUUGUGACGAAUUUAUUUUAUUUGUAAUCGUGACAAUUCGACGGACGAACGUUAUUAUCGUCCGCUUAUACGUGCCAGAAUAUUAUUUUAGAGGUUUUUUUUUUAAUAUAUGCUUAGUAAUAAAGGAUACGAAAGGGGUCAACCGGUAUAUCGAUAUCGCUGAUAUUCCCUGAAAUAGAUUUCAAAACGAUGUGAUUUUUUUUAAGUAUGACGAAUAUUUAUCCCUUAUUAGUGUAUAAUGCUCAUUUUUUUAAAUAUUUACCAUUUUACUUGUUAGUUAAGUGAUAGUUUUAAGUUCCUUUGAUUUUACUAUCAUCAUAUUCGCUAUACGAGUAUAUAAUCUGGUACGGUAGUCAUAUAGUAUACCCAUAUGAAUCGUAGCGUCCUCCUCUAAAGCUUAGCUCUCCUUAGUCGUAGGCCCACAUCGACGAUUUGUGUGGCGCACAAAGCGAAAAGAUACAAAAUUAUAUAUAUUUUAUAAUCAGUGAUCGUUUUUAUAUUGGAAAUGUUUUGAAAGAACGAAUGUACAGAUGAGUAAUACAACGUUUACGAUCCAUUACAUUGUGCUUAAUAAAAAGGCUUUUGAUGUGUUUAUUUGAAUGGAAUUUGUUACCCGUUUUAGUGUUUUACAAAUAUCACAAGCGAAGUGUCGUGAAUAAUACAAUUGUUUGACAUAAUAAUAUUAGGACGGCGUAGUCGUAACUACGAACACUAAUCAGAGAAUCUUACCUUGGAAGCGUUCGCACCGUGGCACCAGAGUGUCAGUGUACUUAGUUAGCGUUUAACAAUUAUAGUCAAGACUUUGGAAUUAACAACUUUGAGUGCUCGUUAAUCCAAUGUAGAUAUUUAUUUUUGUUAUUGUAAUGUACCCAAAAAUUGCUAUAUUUAUCGAAAUAUAAUAGAAUUUUAAUCGUAUUUGAAAAUUAAUAAAAAAAAAUUGUAGGGCGUCAAUAAUAAUAUUUCUAAUUGGAAAGUAAUUUUUAAUGAGAGUUGUUCCCUUUCAGCAAAGCAUUUAACUGUGUGUAUUGUAGAAAUAAGUUGGUAUCGCAACGCACAUGUGAUGUUCUCGACCCGUGGAGUCGGUAGAGCCAUUCGCCCGCGCGCUUCUCGCUGUGACAGUUAGCGUUUGAAAGCAUGAAUAAUAUGAAUACAUGAGAUAACGGAAGUGCUAUAAUCUAUAAUAAUCAAAUAUUUAAAUAGUUAAGUUAUGAUUCUCCAAUAUUGUGGAAGAUGUAUAAUAUUUUUUACUAAUAAAUUUAAUAUUGUA